ACACUAUAAAAACAACGUUCAGAAAACAAAAGCAUCCCAAACUGAUAGGAGGGCAGGCCAUCAAUAAAAUAAAGCAAAUGAGCAAUUAUUGCUGCAUAUGUUAAGACCAACAAGGCAUUUACUGACUGAAAACUAUCACAGGUGAUGAGCCAUCAUUUUCUGCAACAAACAUUUUGCGAUUUAAUCAAGUUAGCCAUCAUGUUUGUCAAAUGAGACCUCUAUUUAGAGCUCUGAUUAUCCAGCUUUGCUCCUCUUAUGGAUAAGAGGGACUUUAUGCUUGCAGAAACAAUGAGAGGGAGGGAGGAGUGUUGGUUAAUUUCAAAAGCUAUAUAACUAUAGAGCCCCGGAUACAAAGAUACACCUGCUGAGUUUCCCACUCUCAACUCGACUGUGACCAUGAAGUUGGCUAUUCUGAUCUGCGUUUCUGUUCUCGUUUACCUCUCUGUGGCAGAAGCACAACAGAGUGAGGACAACACUGUUCCUGAUUUUGGAUGUACUCGUGAGUACAAUCCAGUGUGUGGAGAUGAUGGUGUCACAUACUCCAAUGAGUGCAUGCUACACUGGGAGAACAAGUCUCGUGACAAGAAUGUCAGCCUGAAGCACGUAGGAGUGUGUGAGACCUCCUGAAUUCACUGCUGUUACAUCUAUGGCAUCCACAAUGGCUUUCCAUUUAGAUACUACAGCAACAACCAGCAUGAUUUUCUGUCAUACAUUAAUCAGUAUAAUAUGAAGACAUAUGCUAUUGGAACUUUAUCAGACAUUGCUUUGUCAAUAUGUAAUCUCAUGCAAUAAACAGAGAAGCAUUUAAGAGCUCUAUUUUAUUAAUACAUUAAAAGAAUUUCAAAUAAACCACAUUCUCUAACUCUAAAUGUUCUUUCUGCUACAUAAUUACUAUGGCUCUGUACUGAAAAGAAAAACGGCAUAAUUUUGUAGCACAUAUGAGCAUUUUUUUUCCUGAGCCAGAUAAACUUCAGAAAGCUAAAAAUACUUAAAAUAUUUUAAUAUGUGGGUGAAUGCAAGAUUUCGUUUUUGUUUUU